AUGACCAACGGCACCGUCGUCUUGUAUCCCCCUUCUCCAGCAGUACUUGCCAUCCAUUCGCAGACAGAUAAAGAGAUCGGACAGCGGUCACUCCAGGAGCUUGUCAAAGAGCGCUGCUCUAGUCUCUUUGACGACUUCAAGCCAACGUGGUGGUUGAAUAGUGGUCAUACGCAAACAGUAUACUGUGUAGUAGGAGAUUUCAGCAAGCGUGAUCAGGUUCAAUACUCAAGGACUUAUCUUCGUCUUCUGGACGGUGGUACUUUAGGCUUGGAUUUUACCCCGCCCGACGACGUGUCUGUGGCACAAGAUGCUCCCAUCAUAGUAGUACUAACAGGAUUAACGGGAGGAUCUUGGGAGCCUUACGUCAAAGCAAUUUUAUCACCUGCAUGUGCGCCUAUCGAGCAAGGUGGUCUUGGUUACCGAGCUGUGGUAGUCAAUUUCCGAGGAUGUGCUGAUGUACCGAUCACUUCGUCGCUAUUCUACAAUGCAGGGUCGACAGAUGAUUUGAGACAGGCCUUGAUCUACGUGCGCAACCGCUACCCCAAGGCACCUCUUCUGGGGCUGGCCUUUUCUCUGGGUGGAAAUAUAAUGAUAAGAUAUCUUGCAGAGGAGAAGGAGGAAAGUAGACUGUCCACUGCAUUUGUUCUUGGCUGUCCCUGGAAUCUUUCGGAAAAUAGUGAGGCAUUGGAGAGUUCUUUCCUUGGACGAUUCUACUCCAAAGGGCUCGGUGGAAACUUUGUCAGGAUCGUUACAGAAAACCAAGUUGCCCUCGGAAAGGACCCUUCUUUCAAAGAGCUCGUCACAGCAACGGUGGCCUUGAAAUUUCCGACACUCUCAAAGUUCGACGAUUUCUAUUCGCGUGUUGCAGGCGCCGGAGAACCCCCCUUUCCCUUUCCUUCUGGAAGUGCUUAUUACAAGUGGGCGUCGAGUCACUAUGUAUUACCAGAUGUCCGUGUUCCGCUAUUGACCCUCAACGCACGCGACGACCCGGUCGUGCGUCGUAUCCCCGAUCCGGUGGACAAUCCAUACGUGAUCAUGGCUAGUACCGAAGGGGGCGGACAUCUGGGAUGGUUUGUCAAUGGAAGAGAUAAAUGGAUUCGCAAGCCUAUUUUGGAGUGGUUGCGGAUGUCUGGGAGGGAAAUUGUGCACACUAAUCGAGAAAAAACUAUAGCAUUGGGCGAAGAUGGAUUUCUGAGGGAGGACGGAGAGAGCAAAAUUGGAUGCAGGACGAUCAGUCUGGUUCAUUGGCGCAUAAGGGGACCUACUUAG